AUGGGAUUUUCAACCACUUUAAAAAGCAAUACUGUAAACGAAUGGAAAGAUUAUUAUUUGGACUAUGACAAGCUUCGGUUACGAAUAAAAAAUAGGGAUUUUAGAACAAUGCUGUACAACGAAGUCAACAAGAUUAACAGUUUCUAUUUUCUGUUGGAAAGAAAAGCAGUAGACGAGAAGAACAUUCUAUUCAGUGAUAUUAUAACAGAGUUUCCGAUAGAGAGUGCACAUGAACCGAAGACACAAAUAAGAAACAUUGACAUUGAGGAUGCGAAUCUUAGUACUGGGGUUGGUAAUACCGAUCUUGAUGACCAGGAUGAAAUGGAUUUCGAUACGUUCAGGAGUAAAAGACUGAAUGAGUCAGGAAAUGAAAAUAAAUCCAUGCUUCAUAGUGAAGGAUUUGCUAGCCUGAUUCCACUUCAAAAAGGCUACACAAAGCGAAAAAAGGAGAAGCACAUCACAGAGUUUCUCCAUAGCUUAGUAAAAAUUAAGGCGUACAGGGACUUGAAUGCGACAGGUCUUUUGAAAUUAGCAAGGAGAUACGCCACUGUAAAUAAAAAUGAAGUUUUUUACAACAAAUUCAAUGAAAAACUCAAGGAAACCUACUUUUAUAAAUCAAAAAGGAUAGAUUCCAUUCGAAGUGCUGUAAAGAAGAUGUACAAACAGGUUUUUGCAAAAGAUCAGCCUGAAAAGGCAAAGACAAUAUUCAAAAGACUCGGUAAAGGCACAAAAACACUUGACGUUUUCUAUUUGAUGAGUGGGUUAUUGGUGGGGUCAGGCGUGACAAUUGCGGCAUGGCUUUACGAUUUAAAUUCUGAGGAGUAUAGAUUUAUGACAGCAAUCAACAACAUACUUAUUGGCUUCCUUUUUUUUGGUCUGUGUCUCAAAGCCUUUAAAAACUUUUCAAUCAAUUAUAAGUUUAUUUUCAACUUUGAUGUUGCGUCAUCUCUUAAUAACUCGAUUUACUUUAUGAUUAUCUCAUCAAUGCUGUUCCUAAACAGCUUUCUUUUCCUCAUUCGAUCUGACUUUGAAAGCUAUGUAGUUUAUUUACAGCUAUUCUUUCCACUGGCAUUUCUCUUCAAUCCCUUGGAUAUGUUCUAUCUAAAUUCAAGAAUCUACCUGAUCAGUGUGUACACACGGGGAAUUCUUCUUCCAAUGUCUACAAUUAGGUUUAGACACUUCUACUUUGUUGAUAUUUUACAGAGUUUUAGAUUUCCCUUUGAGAUCAUCGUUGGACAUUUCCUAAGCGAAUCUCAGCUCAAAGAGGGAUAUCCACUGAUGGCAUUCAGUCUGUUUCCAAUUGUAAGAUUUUUACAAUGCAUGAGACGUUUCUAUUCAUCUAGGCUGUUUUUUCCACACGUAGCAAAUGCAUCAAAAUACACACUUAUCUUUAUGGCUGUAUUUUUUGAAGCUUUUGAAAAGUUUUCAAGUCAGACUGAUGACCCAAAUAAUACUUUGAGAUUCUUGAAAUACAUCUUUAAACUAAUGAGCACCACAUCAUCGUUCUGCUGGGAUAUAUUUGUUGAUUGGGUAAUACCUAGAAACAGAUACAUGUUCCCGUACAUGUUUUAUAUUUUUGCAGCUGGCACAAAUUUUCUGGUUAGGUUUUAUUGGAUUAUUUCACUAUCCUUCGCACAUCUUUUUGACGUUUCAAUACCCGAAAAUCCAAUUUUGAUGAGUGUUGCUGAGAUAGUUCGCCGGUCUGUGUGGACUGUUAUUCGUGUUGAGGUAGAGCAUUUGAAUAACUGUGAUGAGCUUAAGUUCAAGAAGGCCAUCAAUCUUACUGCUGGUGAACUCUUCUAUAAAAAGGACAUUGAUGAAAGCUACCAAGCUAAUAUUAGUAAUAUUAUGACAGAAACAGAGUUUGAAACAGAGAUGGAGGAGAAAAACAAGACAGAGAUGGAAACAAAAGGUGCAACCCUUGAAUACUCUGCAACAGAGGAGGACAGCAAUGCAAACAAUGAGGAUAUCAACUCAUACGAAAAUAAAGGAUCGACCGAGUCACAUGAAGAUACUGAAUAA